ACAUGGGGGAAGUACAUAAGCACAGACAAAGUUGGGAUUCGAUUAUUUAUUAAAAGAGCAUCAUUUUUUUCACAUGAAAAUGAAGGAAAAGGGACUAUAAAAGUAACUUUAUUUUAUCCACUCUCUUUUCUUUCUUUUUUUAUCUACAUUCUUCUACCUGAAUAAAAUAUAAUAAAAUGCCUGCCUGGACCAUUGCUAUCCCUGAAACCCCCUCUGCCACCUAUGUUAUUGUCAAGAACAUCUCUGCCCAAUCUUCAGAGAAGACUGUUAGAGAAUUCUUUUUGUUCUGUGGUAAGAUCACCGAGUUUGAAUUGGUUGCUGAUGACGAUGAAGAACACCAAGUUGCCUUGAUCCACUUUGAACGUGAGUCUGCUGCCAAGACCGCUACUCUUUUAAGCAAUGCCUUGAUUGAUGAAUGCCAUAUCGUUGCUGCUCCUUAUUUCGAAACUGCUACUGUAAAUGAAGAGAAGGAAGUUGCUGAAAACGAAGCCAACACAACUACCCAGGAAUCCAAGGCCAAGUCUAGAAUUGUUGCGGAAAUCUUGGCCAAUGGUUACAUCCUUCAAGAUCAAGUCGUUGCUAAGGGUCUUGAAUAUGAUUCUAAAUACAGUUUCUCUACUCGUUUGACUGGUUACUUUACUACCCUUACUUCUAACGUCAAGUCUAUUGAUGAAAAGUAUCGUAUUUGGGACAAGGCUGUUGAAAUUGACCACAAGUAUAAGAUCCAGGAAAAGGUCCAAAAUGCCGCUGCUACUGCUCAAACUACCGCUACCGCCGCUCUUCAAUCUCCUACCGGUCAAAAGGUUGAACGUAUUGCCAGCCAAACUUUUGCUCAAAUUGCCGCUGUUCACUUUGAAGCUAAAAAGAUCCAAACUGAAAAGGCCGCACCUGUCGCUGUCGCCUAAUUCUUUUCUUUAUUUACAUUUACCCCCCUUUUUUAUACAACUCAUCACUACCCAUCUUCAUAUCUUCUUCAAUAAAUAAAAAAAAACGACUAUUUUUAAACUAAUUCUCCAUGACAAAUAUAUAUCAGCGCUUGUCAAAUUUGACCUUGACA